AUGGGCAACGAAGAGAAAAAAGGCAGCAUCGUGCUGGAGAACUUUAAUUCUACAGCAAAUUUAGCGACAAACCCAGGCUUCCAGUCAACACUAAGUUUAGGAUCAAAAGAAGUGAUUAAUGAGAAGGCCUACAACCCAUUUGAACAUAGAAAAGUGGAGCACCCUAACUCAACAAUUGGAUCGUUGGUGCAUCUACUAAAAUCUUCACUAGGAUCUGGUAUCCUGGCUAUGCCUGCUGCCUUCAAAAAUGCAGGUUUAGCAGCCGGAGCGAUUGGGACGCUAGUCGUCGGAUUCAUAUGUACACAUUGUGUUUAUGUUUUGGUUAAAACUUCCCAAGAAGUGUGUGUGGACGCUAAGAAGCCAUCGAUGGGCUUCGCAGAGACCUGUGGAGCAGCUUUCGAGUAUGGACCUAAAAGAUUACGGCCGUGGGCCAAUUUCGCCAGAACUUUCGUGGACUACGCGAUGACUUGUACAUACCUAGCAGCGUUAUGUGUCUACAUUGUGUUUAUAGCAGAAAACUUCAAAGAGGUUCUAGACGAGUACAUACCAGAAUACAAGCUAUCAGUGGAAGCAUACUGUGCACUGACACUAGUCCCACUGGUGCUAAUCUGCCAGAUCAGGAACCUCAAGUGGCUUGUACCAUUUUCGGCGAUAGCCAACGUGUUCCUGGUGAUUUGUUUCGCCAUCACCAUGUAUUACAUCUUCAGUGACUUGCCGAAGCCUGAGGGAAGGGUGGUGGUGGCUAGUGUGACGCAAUGGCCUUUGUUUAUCAGCACAGUGAUAUUCGCAAUGGAAGGUAUUGGUGUGGUGAUGCCAGUUGAGAACGAGAUGGCGAAACCUCAACAGUUCCUCGGCUGUCCUGGAGUACUGAACGUGGCUAUGACCAUUGUUAUCUCUCUGUAUGGCAUCGUUGGGUUCUUUGGUUACAUGAAGUAUGGAGACGAUGUCAGAGGGAGUGUCACCUUGAAUCUACCUCAGGAUGAAGUGCUCGCUCAAAGUGCUAAGAUCCUGAUGGCAUUAGCAAUCCUGUUCACCUACAGUCUACAGUUCUACGUACCCAUGGAAAUGAUUUGGAGACAGCUAAAUGAAAAGAUCUCAGUGAGAUACCACAACAUCACACAAAUCUCUAUUAGGACCACUGCAGUUGUUGGUUCAGUUGCCCUCGCAGCAGCUUUCCCUGACUUGGAGCUGUUCAUCAACUUGAGUGGUGCCAUCUUCCUCUCAACACUCGGUCUCCUCACACCAGCGGUCAUCGACACUGUCCAUAAAUGGGACAGAGGUCUUGGACCCUUCAAAUGGAUUCUCUGGAAGAACUUGUUCAUUGCCAUGAUUUCUCUCAUCGCCCUCUUUGCUGGUUCUUACACGUCCAUCAGGAGUAUGGUUGACAAGUUCUAUAGUACUCCUGUCCUGGAAGUAGUAGCUAAUGUAACAAGCAUUACAAUGAAUGAUACUAUGACCGUGUGA